AUGCAGACUGCUUCCACAAACAUUUGUGAAAGACUGUGCAAUAAGUCCAUCCAUGAAAUUUCCUUGCUACUAAAUAUUCCACAGUCAACUGCUAGUGGUAUUACAACAAAGUUGAGUUGCUGUUGGGAACAACAGCAACUCAACCAUGAAGGGGUAGGCCACGUAAAAUGACAGAGCGGAGUCAGCGCAUGCUGAAGCACACAGUGCGCAGAAGUCACCAUCGGUCUGCAGAGUCUAUAGCUAAAGACCUACAAACUUCAUGUGGCCUUCAGAUUAGCACAACAGUGUGUAAAGAGCGUCAUGGAAUGGGUUUCCAUGGCCGAGAAGCUGCAUCAAAG